CCAUAGAGUACAUGACAGGUUGCCACGGUGAUCGCUCAACCUUCCAAGCCACAACCUCUGCCGCUGAACUUCUACCAAGCCGUGUUUUCUUCUGCAGUUUGGUAAAGACACGCAGGCUGUUAUUACCAGCCUUAUAAUACUCCCUUAGGUUCAACUCGCGCUCCGAGGAAACGCUCCGUUUUAGCUCAUUCUCACGGAACGAUGGUCGCAAGACCACCUAGGCCCCCGUUUCGUUGCCAUGGUGACGCUUCCGAGUCUUCGCCACUUCCGUUAAACGCAUUCGUUUCAAACCCUCCCCUUUUGCAGCAGCCGUAAAGAUUGUCGUACAGGCGGAAGGUGAACAUCGCUGCAAAAGAGUGAUAAUUUCACACAGUAGGUAAGAGAUAUGAAGAGCAUUUGGGCUCAGUAAAAGUUGGCGGGGAGGCAGAGGAAGCAUUAUUGUCAUUGCCUUCCCCUCUUAAUCUCCGUGAUUCCUCCAGGUUUGCAGAAACAGUGGGAGGGGGAAGGUCCCCUCUAAAGACCUAGUGGCGUCCCAGGUGCAGCUCUUUCGUGGUGCAAAAUGGGGUUGUGUCUCGUAUCUGGCUUAUAAAUGUAAACAGGUUUGAUAUAUGGCUUAUCGGACAUGCCUUUUCCCACAGGAAGCCCCGGGAACUGCAGUUUAGCAGGAGUGCUAGGAGUGCUUGGUAAUCCUUUCACAGAACUUCAAUUCACAUAGAAUAAAAAGAGGCUUGCAAUAAUAAGUUUCCAUUUGUGGCAUAGACUAAAGGAACCUGGAGUUUCAAGUUUGUUAUCUUUGUAAGUCACUGUCACCAUUUCAGGGGCUGCUAGGCUAACUACGAACUAUUAGCUAUGAACUACUCUGCCCUUUUUUGUAGAGAAGGUGAUCAAGCAUCAUUAUUUUGGUUGUUUUUCCCCUGCAGAUAUGCAUAUCUUGUUAUAUUGUGGUUUUACUGAAUCCUUUUCCCAAGCAUCUGAAUGUUAUACAUUUAUAGGAAUUCUCACAUUUUACCUUCACAAAAAUCCAUGAAUUAUGUUAGGCUGGGAGGUGAUGGCUAGCCCAAAGUCACCUAGUGGGGAUUUAAACUUAGGCUGGCAAUACCCAGAUUCAGCAUCCUAUCCACUUCCUUGUACUAGCUUAUAUGUCUGUCCUCCCAUGCAAAAUAAAUAUCAUUUAGAAGUUGCUGUAUAAAGUAGUGCCCCAUUUGAAAUGCAGUUGUGUGAAUUUUAGAAAGGUGCUUAUUACCCUUUUAAUUUUCUUUCUUAAUAGCAUCAUGGACGCACGUUUUACCCGUGGAAAGUCUGCUAUCCUUGAACGGUCACUCACCCGACCCAAGACUGAUGUUAGCCUUAGUGCCUUUUCAUUAUUGUUUUCUGAGAUUGUGCAGUACUGUCAGAACAGGGUCUACUCUGUUUCUGAGCUUCAGAACAAACUUUCUGAGCUAGGUCAGCAGGUGGGUGCUCGUAUCCUGGAUGUGUUGGUGAUGCGGGAGAAAAAUGGUAAGAGAGAAACCAAGGUCAUCAACAUUCUCCUGUUCAUCAAGGUUACCGUAUGGAAGGCUCUCUUUGGGAAGGAGGCUGACAAGCUGGAGCAAGCCAAUGACGAUGACAAGACUUACUACAUCAUUGAGAAGGAGCCUCUUAUCAAUACUUACAUUUCUGUUCCCAAGGAGAACAGCACACUCAACUGUGCUUCCUUCACAGCUGGCAUCGUGGAGGCUAUGCUCACUUGCAGCGGCUUCCCUGCCAAGGUGACAGCCCACUGGCACAAGGGAACCACCCUCAUGAUAAAAUUUGAUGAGUCAGUAAUAGCACGUGACAAAGCCCUGGAUGGCCGCUGACUGCUUCAUUUCAUUUAAUCUGGAUUGUUUGUGUGUGUAUGUAUAUGUAUAUGCAUAUAUACACACACUUUGACAGUAUCCUAAAAUAACUACCCUGACCAUGCUUGGUGCAUGGUAAGGGAGAACCAAGUGGCAUCGGAACAAGUGACUGUGUCCCAUAUACUGAUGGUAAAUGUUUCUACAGCAUUUGUACUGAUUACACAGGACCAAUUCUGUUUCCAGAAAUCUACCCUUAAUUCUGUUGCUUGACUCUUGGCGAAGGCUUGAGGACGGAAUGCAGUUCACGUUCCUAGCCAAGAGAUAACACAGUCCUGAUUUGCAUAUGAGCUAUGUAAUUUGAUGUAAAGAUUCCUCUCAUGCUGUUGUAUUGGUUUUGUUGUUACCCCACUGAUAUUAUCACUAGAAAAGCACGGAUGAAAGGUUAUUGCUAGGCUGCCAGCUUUGGAAUGAGCUAAAUUGUCUCUACUCAUUCUGUUGCUGCUUCUUACCUAGUGCCUAUCAGUUAUUAUUUAACUUUGCAGUCUGCUUGCUGUCUUGCCUCUAGGAAUGAGCUGCAGCUGCCUUAGCAAAUCAAGUGAAACCCACAAAUUACAUUACCAGUUUGCUUAAGAGUGGCUCAGACUUGCAAAUGAAGCACUUUAAGUAAAAAGCUCAAGGGCAGGGGUAAAACACUCCAGAACCGGUGAGAGCUUUACCUGCUUCUGUAAAAUACACUGUUCACUGCCCAUGUUUCUUCUUUGAAUACUUGUCUCCACACCUGAGGAAAAUAUCUAAGAGUUGUAAAGACUCAUUUGAUAGUUAUUCCAAGAGCUGUUCUUACAGGGCUUUCCCUCAGCAUAACUGGUCCUUCACAGUGUUUCCUGUUUGCCCUGAGAAGAGAGGAAAGUGAUGUCACCCCCAAACUAAGAUUUCUCUCUCUUUUCCUUUUUAAAAAAAUGGUAAAAUAAAUUAACUAAAAUACCAAGAAUAUACUGUUGAAAGAUAUUUUAUUGCAGAAAUCUCAUCUAAACCAGUCAGUUUCAAAUCAUUCCAUACAAUGAAGAUGCUAAUGGUUUUGAAGAAUUGUUUACCUGGUUAAUAAAUUCCAUAAAGUAAUCCAUUAAGGAUGUUUUUGUCUGUCUCUCUCUCUCAACUUCAUUUAGUGUGUUGUUCCUGUUCUGUGCACAGUCCAUUUUGUGUGGCUGUAGUAGUGUUCACAUUCUUUCCAAAUAGCAUUGAAUUGUUGGGCUUAUAUCUUUGUUUUUAUUAUAAAGAUGUAAGUGAAUUUAUUUGUUUUUUGUCAUAAAAUUUAUUUUUGGAUAGUGG